GUGCGCGACGGGAAGAUCAUUGAUGCUGCUAACAUAUUCUACGAUGAACGUCGAAAAGCUGACAUUCAAGUGGACUGUGAAGGCCAAAUUCUUUCGCCAGGGUUCAUUGACAUUCAGAUAAAUGGUGGAUUCGGUGUAGAUUUCUCUUCAAUGCCAUCCACGGAUGAGGAAUACGAACGAGGUGUUGCCAAGGUUUCAAAGUGUCUUUUGAGUCACGGCGUCACUUCUUACCUUCCUACAGUAAUCACAAGUCCACCGGAGGUGUACGCUCGAGCAUCAAGCCAGGCAGCGUGUGGGAAUGAACUCAAGUCCAGAAUAGCGGCCAUAACCAAAGCCAUAGCUACAGCUAACUGUGUCAGGCGCAAGCUGGGUCAAGAAAAGAGACACCAGUGA